AUGGCACUGGCAGCACGGAACUCUGCCUUUGCCUCUGCUAACAUAUUGGAAUAUAAACACGCCACCUAUCAACUUCGGAAGACUAUUAAGUCUGCGAAACGUGAGUACAGGGACAAAGUGGAACAACAAUUUGAUGAUCCUAGAAGAAUGUGGCAGGGACUGAAUACAAUUACGGACUUCAGAGAGAAAACCAGCACACCGCAGACCACGGCCUCUAUGUGUGAGGAUCUAAACGUAUUUUACGCUAGAUUCGACACAGGAAACAACACGAGACUGCCCAGCGAACGCAUCAUGGAUGACGUAAGUGCGCACACAGUGUCUGAAGAGGAUGUAAGGAAGUGCUUCAGACAGGUAAACGCACGCAAAGCCGCUGGUCCUGACGGAAUCCCCUGCCGUGUUCUUAAAUCAUGCGCGGCUCAGCUGGCUGGAGUGUUCAUGAACAUCUUCAACCUCUCCCUCUCUCUGUCUGUAGUCCCAGCCUGCUUCAAAAUGGCCACCAUCGUCCCUGUACCCAAAUCCUCCACCAUCACAUCCCUGAACGACUGGCGACCAGUAGCCCUGACCCCCAUCGUGAGCAAAUGCUUGGAAAGGCUGGUCAGGAACUUCAUCUGCUCUGCGCUGCCGGACUCACUGGACCCUCUACAAUUUGCAUACCGCCACAACAGGUCCACUGAUGACGCCAUAGCCCUGACUCUACAUACUACCCUCACCCACCUGGAGAAAAAAGAUAUGUAUGUGAGAAUGCUGCUAGUAGAUUAUAGCUCUGCAUUCAACACCAUCAUUCCCUCAAAGCUGGACAGGAAACUACAAGAUCUAGGAUUGAGCAGCUCUCUCUGCAGCUGGGUUCUCAACUUCCUGUCCGACAGACGCCAGAUGGUCAGACUGGGCAGUAUCACCUCAUCCCCUGUCACAAUGAACACGGGUGCUUCACAAGGGUGUGUACUGAGUCCUCUACUGUACUCACUCUACACAUACGACUGCACGGCCACUAGCAGCUCCAACAUCGUUGUGAAGUUUGCAGACGACACAACAGUGGUAGGUCUUAUCACCAACGGUGAUGAGACGGCAUACAGGGAUGAGGUCAGUGCCCUGACACAUUGGUGCCAGGAGAAUCAUCUCUCCCUCAAUGUCGGAAAGACCAAAGAGUUGAUAGUGGACUUCCGAAGGUGUAGGGGUGCACAUUCCCCCAUCAUCAUCAACGGCGCUGCUGUGGAGAAAGUGAGCAGCUUCCGCUUCCUGGGUGUCCAAAUAGCAGAGGAUCUCACAUGCAAACACCCCUAUGACAACCAGCACAACAGCAAACACCCCAGUGACAACCAGCACAUCAGCAAACCCUAUGGUGACAACCAGCACAACAGCGAACCUGCCGGUGACAACCAGCACAACAGCGAACACCCCUAUGACAACCAGCACAACAGCAAACACCCCAGUGACAACCAGCACAACAGCAAACACCCUGCAAACACCCCAUUGACAAACAGCACAACAGCAAACACCCCAUUGACAAACAGCACAACAGCAAACACCCCAUUGACAACCAGCACAACAGCGAACACCCCUAUGACAACCAGCACAACAGCAAACACCCCAGUGACAACCAGCACAACAGUGAACACCCUGGGGACAACCAGCACAACAGCAAACACCCUGGGGACAACCAGCACAACAGCAAACACCCCGGUGACAACCAGCACAACAGUGAACGCCCCGGUGACAAACUCCACGGUGAACUGCCAGAACCGUGGUUAUGAAAUUAAUGGGUUCUGCAUCUGCCCCGAUGAUUUCACUGGAAUCUCUUGCGAGUUGUCAAACGUCUGUCCUGAAACUACUAUUAAUAGCCUCACGUUUCCAAAGACGGUUUUCGGACAAGCAGGGUAUUCAACGCAGGUGUGUCCUCAAGGAAGCUUUAAUGCUGGACUUCCAAAAGCCACUGCUCGGUGUAUAAAUAAAAAUCUCACUUUUGCUGCAUCUCAGGAGCUGAACUGUGAUAUGACCCUUGAUAUCAUCGAUAUAGAUCUCUCCAAUGCCAGUCUUGAACAAAGGCAGAGUUUGGCCUCCAACACCCAAAUCCUCACUUCCAGACCAGAGAAACUGACCUCAGAAAACAUCAGCACUGCUGCAACGAUAGUCAGCCGUCUGCUCAUGGUCAAAAACAGCAGUCAGGUACAGUUUGAGGUCUCCCUUGCAGCCAUCACCACAGUCAGUCAGCUUCUUAACGCUAGCACGGAGAAAUUCUUCCCUUCUGAUUCCAUCAUCAAUCUCACCAAAACGUUGCAGGACUUUGCCUUGCAGAUUGAAAAUGGAUCAGCGUUUGUACAGCCAAACAUCGCCAUACAGACAUUUAACGUGUCCCAAAGUUCAAAAAUCCAAAUAACUGAUUUUUCAGCUUUAUCAAAUAAUGGAUCCUCACAUGAUAAUCCUAAAGAUUCUUCAGACACUUUCUCAGCCAACAGAAUAAAGAUAAAUGACGAACACAAAAACAUUACUGACCAGUUUGCCAUCGAUCUCCAGAUGAACAUCAAGCUUAAAGAAGGUACCAACACAGAGAAUAAAACCACCAAAAUUGGCUUUGUGCUGUACAACAACGAUCAGUUCUUCAGAUCUCAGAUCUUCCGUCCUUCACUGAACAUCAAGAGAAGAGUGAUCGCUGGAAGGCUGGAAACAAAAGAUGAACCUGACCAUGUUGAGUUCUCAAUAAGGGUCCAGAAUGUGUCUUCUAAGCGCCUCUACGAUUUUGCAUGUGUGUUUUGGGAUUAUGACAGGAAAGAUUGGAGCACAAGAGGCUGUAAGAAAAAGCACAGUUCAGUUUAUCAGACCUGUAGAUGUGAAGGCAUGGCCAACUUUGCCAUGUUGAUGAGUUUCAGCUCAAACCCUGAAAUAAUCCAGGAUUUAAAUCUGAUCAGCAUGAUCGGCUGUGCUCUAUCUGUCGUGGGUUUGAUCAUCACGGUGAUAUUUCAGAUUCGAACCAGGAAGUCAAGAAGACCCAGUCCUACCAUCCUGAUGAUUAGCAUCUGCAUCUGUAUGACCAUCGGCUACCUCAUCUUCAUCUUUGGAAUUAAAAACUCAAUCCCUGACUCGAGGAUUGACGCUUUAGACAAUGCCAUUCCUUCAUCCGAUGUCCAUCAAGACCCAGACAAUGGGGCAUGUACUGCUUUAACCGCACUCCUUCAAUACUUCCUGUUAGCAACGUUCACUUGGAGCUCGCUGUACGCUGUGCACAUCUUCCUCCUGAUCAAAAACACCUUCUCUGGGCUUCCUCGAUACUUCAGUGUUUUAUCCAUUGUAGUGGGCUGGGGCCUUCCAGCGGUAGUGGUUGGAAUCUCUUUAGGAAUUACGUACCGCAACAGUAACCCAUUAAACUACAGACAGGAGGCAAUCUGUUGGCUGGCUGCACUGGACGAGAAUAACACAUUUGAUAUGAUGAAGCCAAUGCUUUGGGGUUUUCUUCUCCCUGUCGCUGUAAUGCUCCUCAUCAACAUCGCAGUACUCUUUUACUUCUCAUACACCAUCUGCAGAACCAACCCCGACCUCAACAGUUCACAGGUCACACCUUUACGAAAUAAAAUGUUGGGCUGCAUUUCCAUGUCAGUGAUUCUCGGUGUGACCUGGGUUAUCGGCUACUUCCUGCUCCUGGAGAAGAAUGAAAUCAAGAGCACUGUGCUCAGCUUUGCCUUCUGUCUGUGUAACACCACUCAGGGCAUCCAGAUCUUCGUGUUGUUUACGUUAAGAACUUCAGCCUUUAAGAAGAAAGCUCUGGCUGUUUUCAAGCUCAUCCCACCUCCUGUUAUGGCGAAUCACAGAAAGACGUUCAAUGUGGCGGACACAGCAGAACCUGAGCCUGAGGAGAGCUACAGAUCCAUCAACUUUGACCUUUACUAUCUGCAUCACUGA